AUGAAGGUGUUAGUUGUGCUAAUGUCAAUGUGUACCUUGGAAAAAUAUCAUUGCUACGAGAACCUCUCUAAAAGAAAUUCAACAGUCUUGUCGCUCAGUUCACGCUUCAGGAAUCAAUCUGCGGCUCUGGCAAAUGAUGGUGAUACUGACACGGGUUAUAGCCAUUGUUCUCAUACUGAUGAAAACCAAAAAAUUGCUUGGCUCCAAGUAGAUCUUGGACAACCUUAUAGCAUAUAUAACGUCACGAUGUAUUAUCGACACGAACAUUCAUGGAAGCCAAUUAGACUUAGGCAGUUCUAUCUUGAUGUAUCGGAAUCAACAGCAAACAUGUCAACAAUGGAGAGAACCCGCUGUUACACUGAUAAUACAACUGAACAGGAAUCACCAAAGAGUAAAAUCGAAAUGCCAUGUAAGCACACAGCAAGAUAUGUCAUUGUGGAGACCACAUAUGACGCACCUGGUGAUAACCGCACAGGUGCUAUGUUGGAAAUUUGUGAAAUAGAAGUGUAUGGAUGCGAAACUGGCAAAUAUGGCGAUAACUGUACGCCAUGUGAAGGAUGCAAAACGUGUGAUAUAAACAAUGGGAAUUGUGGUAAGCUCGAAUAUCAUCUCCAAAAAUUGUAUAAAGAAAGCAUCCAGUCGUAA